AUGGCUAAGGGCGGCCACUCACAUAGAAACACGCUCAAGAAGGACCACAAACCUUUCAAGUCCAAACAUGCAUCCAAAGGUCUGUUGAAGAACCAGUACAAGGGUAAGGUUGAGAAAUCAACUGGAGGAUCCAACAAGGCGAUUCGUGUUGUCAGCAAGUUGGAGAGAAAGAACUUGUCAAAGCAGUUGAAGGAGAAGAAAAUGUUAGAGUCAAAGUUGGUGCGGAAAUUGUUCGAAGGUAGCUCUGGAGCUGAAAAGAUUGUUACCAUUAUUGGCUUGACUAACGACAUCAAUGUAUCAGACAUAUUGUCUCAGUUCGUCAAUUCUUUGAAGGAGAACCCCGAUGAGCCUGAUCAGGUCUUUGAGAGCCCCAUGGUGGCCUCUUUGAAGUUGCCACGCUUCAAGUCCAAUAUCAAAUUCAUCUUACCUGACCACUCCAACCUUCUCUCUGUAUUAGACGCCGCUAAAGUUGCUGACUACGUUGUGUUUGGCCUUUCUGCCGUGGAAGAAGUCAAGGAGUACGGUGAACUGAUCUUGCGUGCUGUGAUUGCACAGGGUGUAGCAUCUGUUGUUGGUGUCAUGCCUAACCUUGUGUCUGCUUACCCCAAGAAGAAUUUCCAGGACGACAUCAGACUGUCAUUGGAGUCGUUUUUCAAGCACUUCUUCCCUACUGAAGAAAAGUUGUAUGCUUUGGAAAGUGAAAGAGAUUGUCUUAACUGUAUCAGAACCAUUUCGCAGCAAUUCCCCAAGCCCGUCAAUUGGAGAGAUGCCAGAGGCUAUGUUUUGGCGGACAAUACAUACUGGCAUGCACUUGAGGGAGAGGAUGGGUACGUGGUCGUCGAAGGUACUGCUAGAGGUAUCGGGUUCAGUGCCAACAGAUUGGUACAUAUUGCUGGCCAUGGAGACUUCCAAGUUGACAGAAUUGAACAGAUCUCCAGACAUAAGAACGAGGAGAACAAGGGGUAUGUUCCAGAUGAGAACAGAGAGACCUUGGAGGAGUUGAGCCCAGAGGAGAUCGAGAUGGAGGACGAUUACGAAGACUUCGAUUACGACCAGUACGAAAAGGGUAUCAAGAUGGAAGGAAAGAACUACUUUGACAGCAGCGAUGGUUUUGGGCCAAGAAAGAUCAAGCCCCCUAAGGGAACUUCUGAAUACCAGAGUAAAUGGCUUUUGGACGACGUUCUCGAAGGAGCCUCUGAUGUUGAAGAUGAUGACGAGGAAGACAUGGAAGCCUUGGAUGAAAUGAGGGAUGAAAUGGAAGUCGAGGGUGGAAACACUGAAUAUGAACCUACUGAAGCUGGAGAUUUGCAAUCUGAAAUGUUUGUGGAAUUGUCCCCUGAGGAGGAAGAGGAACAAUUGAGACAAUUCCGUGCAUUGGAGAAAGAAGAUAAGGAGUUCCCCGAUGAAGUCGAAUUAUCUCCUACAGACUCUGCCAAGGAUAAAUUCCGUGAGUACAGGGGUAUCAAGUCAUUGGGAAGUUGUGACUGGGAGUGGGAUGAGCAUGAUUCCCAGAGACCUAGCAUUUACUCGAGGUUGUUGCGUAUCAACAACUUCAGAGCCACCAGAAACAAGAUGCAGAAGGAUGCCAUUAAAGAGGCACAAGUGACCAUCGGAAACAAAGUUCGUUUGUACAUCAAGGCCCCUCAAUACAUUUUGGCCAACGUUGAGGUGGCCAAGGCACCUUUUGUUGUCUACUCUUUGCUUGCUCACGAACACAAGCUUGCGGUUGCCAACUUCUCGUUCAAGUCUUGGGAAGACUACGAGGAGCCAAUUCCAUCUGGAGAGGCCAUUGUGGUGCAGUAUGGUUUCAGACGUCAAGUCAUCACUCCUACAUUCAACCAGGCAUCCAACAGCGCCAACAACGUCCAUAAGUUCGAAAGAUUUGCACACCUUGGAGAUACUUGCAUUGCGACUGCUAUCGCACCUCCACUCUUCUAUAACGCUCCAGCUAUCUUCUUUAGGCAGACUGCUCCAGGUGCUCCAAUUGAGCUUGUGGGCCAGGGUACGUUCUUGAACUGUGACCACACACGUGUUUUGGCCGAGAGAAUUGUGUUGACGGGCCACCCAGUGAAGAUCCACAAAAGAUUGGUGACGGUCAGAUACAUGUUCUUUAAUGCCGAAGAUAUCAACUGGUUCAAGGCAGUGCCGUUGUUCACAAAAUCUGGAAGAACUGGAUUCAUCAAGGAGAGUUUGGGUACGCAUGGUUACUUCAAAUCUACAUUUGACGGGCGGUUGACUGCACAAGAUGUUGUUGCCAUGCCUCUUUACAGAAGAGUGUGGCCUGGACUUUCGCAGCAAUGGACUGAGUAA